AUGGUGGUAUUUGUGGUUUUGCUAUUUGUGCUGUUGCCUUUGGCAGUGACUAAGGUUUCUCUUCUGAAAUGCAAUAUUAGCGAUCCUCUUCCUAUAAAUCACAAGUAUUAUCAGCCAGGAGAUUUCAUCAUUGGUGGCAUUAUGUCUCAGAUCUACAUAUUUUUAGGUGACAUCACCUUCGAAAUGCGUCCCUCUCCUGCUCUAUUUGAAGACCCAGUCUACUUCAGUGCAAGAGCAACCUACCUUGCCUCAAUGGAACUUCUCUCCACUCAGGACAAAUUCACCCCUAACUACAAGUGUGACUCCAAGAAUAAUCUGGUAGCCAUCAUCGGUGGACCUAACUCUUACAUCAGUCUCAGCAUGGCAACAAUCCUCUGCAACUACAAGAUUCCACAACUUACAUAUGGCUCUGCUCCCGUGAUUGAUAAGGAAACCCAAGGAGUUUUCUUCUACCGGAUGUUUCCAAACAGAGACCAUCAGUAUAGGGGGAUUCUCCACUUGCUUCUGCAUUUCAGAUGGACGUGGAGUGGAUUAGUUUAUCUUAAUGACAACAAUGGAGAAAGAUUUGUGCAGAACAUGCUUACAGUCUUUUAUGCAAAUGGUAUCUGCUUUGACUUCAUAGAAAGAUUCCCACAAUUAGAUUUUUCCAGUCAGGUUUUGGCAAUGGCGAAAGAAGGGUCUAAAACAGUCAGGGUUGUUUCCCAAAGCACUGCUAAUGCAGUGGUUGUACAUGGUGAGAUUCAGACCAUGAUUAUUUUCAGAACAAUGCUACAUUAUUCAGUGUUUGAAGGUUUAGCAGUGAAAACAAAGGUCUGGAUUAUGACAGCCCAGAUGGAUAUCACAACAAUUCCCUUUCAAAGAAGUUUUGACCUACAUUUCAUGCAUGGUGCCUUAUCUUUUGCCAUGCACUCAGAGGAAAUGCUCGGAUUCCAGAGAUUUCUUCAGAAGCAAAACCCUACCUCAGCAAAAAAAGACGGCUUUAUCAGGGAGUUCUGGGAACUGGCCUUUGAAUGUUCCUUCCCAAAUUCUGACAUAAAAAAGCAGGAUGUGGAAAUCUGCAAUGGGGAAGAGAAGCUGGAGACUAUUCCUAUGUCUGUUUUUGAAACCCGCAUGACCAAACACAGCUAUAGCAUGUACAAUGCUGUCUAUGCUGUGGCACAAGCUUUGCAUGCCAUGCUUUUGUCUACAUCCAAGCACAGAGCAAUGGCAGAUGGAGGGAGACGGAAGGUUCUGUACCAACAUCCAUGGCAGCUCCACCACUUUCUGAAAAGUGUCUCAUUUAACAACAGUGCCAGGGAAGAAAUUUCCUUUGAUGAAAAUGGAGACUUAGUUGCGGGUUUUGAUAUUAUCAACUGGGUGGCAUACCCAAACCAAUCCUUUCUUAGAGUGAGAGUUGGAAAGGUGGACCCCACAGCUUCUGAAGAUAAACAGCUCACCAUUUCUGAAGAUGCCAUUGUAUGGACAAGUAGAUUUAACCAGGCAGUGCCUCUUUCCAUGUGUGUUGACAGUUGCCAUCCAGGUUAUAGAAAAGUAAAGAAGGAAGGGAAGCCAUUUUGCUGCUAUGAUUGCCUUCCAUGUCCAGCAGGGAAGAUUUCAGAUAAGAAUGACAUGGAUGAUUGCUUUCAAUGCCCAGAAGAUCACUAUCCAAACAAUGAACAGAACAUAUGCAUCACAAAAGAUAUAAGCUUCUUGUCUUAUGAUGAACCAUUUGGGAUCAGUCUGGCAACUUCUGCUCUUCUUUUCUCUUCCCUCACAGCUUUGGUGCUUAGGAUCUUCAUUAAGCACCAGAACACUCCCAUAGUCAAAGCUAACAACCGGAACAUCACCUACACCUUGCUCUGCUCCCUCCUGCUCUCCUUCCUUUGUGUUUUCUUAUUCAUUGGCCAACCUGGAAAAGUGACCUGUCUCCUUCGUCAAACUGCUUUUGGCAUCAUUUUCUCGUUGGCUGUUUCUUGUGUGUUGGCCAAAACCAUCAUUGUGGUUCUGUCUUUCAUGGCCACCAAACCAGGAUCUAGAAUGAGGAAAUGGUUGGGGAGACGACUAGCCAACUCCAUUGUUCUUUGCUGCUCUCUUAUCCAAUCUCUCAUCUGUGCUGUGUGGUUGUCAACCUCUCCCCCAUUCCCACAUUUUGAUAUGCAUUCAACGAGUGAAGAAAUUGUAUUGGAAUGUAAUGAAGGUUCAAAUAUUAUGUUUUCCUGUGUCCUUGGCUUUCUGGGUUUCUUGGCCAUUGUCAGCUUCACAGUGGCUUUCCUAGCCAGAAAGUUACCUGACAGUUUCAAUGAAGCCAAAUUCAUCACCUUCAGUAUGUUGAUGUUUUGCAGUGUUUGGAUGUCCUUUGUUCCGACUUACCUGAGUACCAAGGGGAAAUAUAUGGUGGCUGUGGAGAUCUUCUCCAUCUUAUCCUCCAGUGCUGGAUUACUGAUAUGUAUCUUUUCCCCCAAAUGUUAUAUCAUUGUGGUGAGGCCUGAACUGAAUAGCAGGGAAGAGCUAAUGAGAAGAAAGAAUUAA